UCCUCUCUCCUUCUCAUAUUCUCUCCUCAAUUCCUUCUUCCUCUGCUUUCUACACUUAUUCUCUCUCCUUUUAAAGAUGCUUUGUUUUGGGCUGUUGCUGUUGAUGCUGCUGAUGCUUUCCUCCUCCAUUAUAUUUGGCAUUCCUUUCUCCCCAAACUUCUCCUCUCCCAUUCUCUCUCCAUUUCCCCAGUUUUUCCCCAUAUUUUUUCUCUUUCAAAUAAGGGAUUUAGUUGGGUUUUUUUAUUGGUUCUCCAAGUCAAAAUACCCAUGUCUUCUUCUUCUUCAACCAGCAUCACUCAUAUCUCCCAGCCCUGCAUCUACGGGCAUGUGACUUCACCGUACACUGAUAGAAAAUCUGGCCUCAUGAAGGGUGCCUACCAGCGGAAAUUAUUUGGAGGAUCAUGUGGAGGAACAUCUAACGGAAGACAACCACAGGUUAUGGGAGAAGAGAACAUGUUUUGGCGACAGCCAAGUAGAUCGGAUGAUCGAACUAGAGCUGAUAAUGAGGAGCUAGAUCGUGCAAUUGCACUUUCUCUUGCUGAGGAAGCAAAGAAAAGAAAUGGUUGCAGAGGGCAAACUGAUGAUGAGGAUCUAGCUAGAGCUCUUCAAGAAAGCUUGAACAACACACCUUCAUUUAGGCCACAAAGGCCUGUACAGAAUUUACCUAGAGGAUCUAGAAUUUGUGGAGGUUGUAAACAUGAAAUUGGCUACGGGCAUUAUUUAAGCUGCAUGGGGACCUUUUGGCAUCCCCAAUGUUUUCGAUGCUAUGCAUGUAGCCGACCAAUCUGUGAGAGUGAGUUCUCUUUGUCAGGAAGUAAUCCAUACCACAAGUCUUGCUAUAAGGAGCUGCAUCAUCCUAAAUGCGAUGUUUGCCAUCAAUUUAUACCAAUAAAUAGAGCUGGUUUAAUUGAGUACAGAGCUCAUCCCUACUGGGGCCAGAAGUAUUGUCCUUCACAUGAAUAUGAUAAUACACCACGCUGCUGCAGUUGUGAAAAAAUGGAGCCAAGAACUACAAAAUACAUGUCCCUGGGAGAUGGCCGUAGCCUAUGCUUAGAAUGCUUGGAUUCUGCUGUAAUGGAUACCGGUGAAUGUCAACCUCUUUACCAUUCUAUUAGAGACUACUAUGAAGGAAUGAAUAUGAGGAUAGAUCAACAGAUUCACAUGCUUCUGGUUGAAAGGCAAGCACUUAAUGAAGCCAUGGAAGGAGAGAAAUCUGGACGCCAUCACAUGCCGGAAACAAGAGGCUUAUGUUUGUCUGAGGAGCAAACUGUUAGCAGUAUACUUAAAAAGCCCAGGAUGGGAAGAAACCGAGUUCUAGAUAUGAGAACUCAGCCUCAAAAGUUGGUUCGAACAUGUGAAGUGACAGCUAUUCUUGUUCUUUAUGGUCUUCCCAGGUUGCUAACUGGCUCUAUACUUGCCCAUGAGUUGAUGCAUGGUUGGCUACGACUUAAAGGCUAUCGAAAUCUAAGCCCUGAGGUAGAGGAAGGAAUCUGUCAGGUUCUCUCCCAUAUGUGGCUCGAAUCUGAGGUUAUGCCGGGGUCAACUUCUAUGCCUACAUCAUCGUAUCAUGCUUCAUCUUCAUCCUCUUCCUCAACGCCGUAUUCCAAAAAGUCAACGACAUCCGACACCGAGAAAAAGCUCGGCCAGUUCUUCAUGCAUCAAAUUGCUAAUGACACUUCUUCCGCUUAUGGCGAGGGUUUCAGAAGAGCAAAUAAAGCUGUUAAUAAGUACGGACUUCGUCGGACUCUGGAUCAUAUUCGACUCACAGGGAGUUUUCCUGUGUGAGUCAGUUCCUUGAGGUUGAGGAUUGGUGGUCUUAGUGUGCUAUAAGGAUUUAUUUUUUACUUGUGUCCUUAUGGUCAUAUAUUAUUUGUUUCAAAUUGUGAUGAUUGAUAAUUGUAAUGGCAAUUGAUUGUAAUUUCCCUUGAUGUUAAACCAAUAAUAAGGGGACUUAUAGGGCGGGCA